ACUCCACUGUGAAACUAGACCCUAUAACUAACCGCUAAAUCAUGUCUAUUGGCAAUGACAGAGCUUUGUUGUUGUCUCCGACUCUCCUCAGCCUCUCUCUCUCUCUAUCUCAUCUCUUUCUCUGAAUUUCAAACCAAAACUGAACAACCCACGUACAGGAGGACCCACGUUUUGUAAAGCUCUUCGUUUUCCACCAACCAGACGAACCUUACAAUGCUAGUCUAGGAGAGCCUAUCCAUCCACAUUAAUCCAAUUCCCGUGAAAUUAUAAGCUUCUUCCCACGAGUCCAUGACUCAUUAAAAAGUUCAUUUACAGUGCCUCGUGUCUGUAGUUUAUUUCACAGUUUCACUUGGAGGCUAUUAAUAAAGUGAAAAUUUAAAUCUUAACAGCAUAUUUAUUUUUUGAAAAUUGACCGUUCGUAUGGUGUAAUAUGUACUUCACGUGUACCUUUUCUUUCGCCAUUAUAAUCAAUUUCUCCUUCUUUCCACUUCAUCAUCUGAUGAUUUUGCUUGCUAACCUUAUCUUUUCUUUUGUUUCUCUGUUUGCUUAUAAAUAAGUGUGCUUGAAUCUUUCUCUGCAAACGCUGCUCUUCACCAUUGUUCCUUCUUUGCCACGUUUCUCUGUUUGCUUAUAAGUAACCAUUACGUUUUGUUUAUCUUUGGAUCUUUUGAUGUUUUGUUUGUCUUUGGAUCUCUUAAUGCUUUACAAGAACUGGGUCUUAUUGGGAAGUUGUGUGAGUGACUUCUGAAAGUUUGAGCUCGCUUUUAACUAUUUCAGGUUGGAUUUAUUUUAUCUUUCCUUUUCCCCUUGUGGUGUUAGGGAUCUGGAGCUUCCAGUUGAAAGGUUUCUGCAAGUGGGUUCUGGUCAAAAUUUGAAUUUUGGGAAGUUAGUAAAGAGGAAUUACAGAAAUAUUUUGGCUAGUUGUCAUCAUAUAAUUUUUUAUUGGGAUUCAUUUAGGUGUUGUUUUUUGGGUAUUGGGCUAUCUUCUGAUAGAAAGCUUUGGUGUUCUUCUGGAUAGUUCUAUGAAAGUCAGGUUCCAUUUUUUAUGUUUUCUGCAUUUGGCUGUGUUUAUGUGAUGCAAACCUGAUGGGUUUCAAGGAAUUUCGUGAAUUUCAGGUAGACUCCAGGUUUUAAGCAAUCCCUGUUCUGAAGUUUAGACGUUUUACCAUCAGUCUCUCCAUUUGCUCUUACGUUUUCCUUCAAGAGUCAGUUUCAUUCGUGGCGUGGUUUUCUAUAAAUCCAUUUUUAGCGCUAUGGUAAUCAAACGGUGAAAAUAAGGGUGUGUGGUUUGUAUUCUUAUUCUUAUUUUCUAUUACCAAAAAAAAAAAAAAAGUUUGUAUUCUCAUUUUGGCUCUGAUUCAAGAGAAGUAGAUUUCUCACAAGAAACGUGUUGGGGGAAGCUCAGGUUCUCAACUGUUAAAGUGACUGUAGGUUCCUUAGUUGAUCUUGAUUAGCUCCUACCUCCUUUCUGUUUCAGGGGGUGUUCUUAAUCUUGUCUCCAAGCCUUGUCAAUCAAUGUAGGAAUGCUUUCUUGUUUUUCAUGACCUUUUGCUAUUUUUGAGAUGGGUCCAUCCGCAGAAGUCUGGGAUCAGAGAACAGCGAUUGAAGUUACCAAGGACUGGAAUGGAAUCGAUCAGGUCUUGCUUCGUACCCCACGAGGGGCUUCUGCUCGGGUUAGCUUGCAUGGAGGACAGGUCAUUUCAUGGAGGAACGAGAGCGGGGAAGAAAUGCUCUUCAUGAGUAGCAAGGCAAUCUUUAAACCACCAAAAGCAAUGCGAGGAGGAAUUCCUAUUUGUUUUCCACAGUUUGGUAACUGUGGAUCAUUGGAGCAACAUGGAUUUGUAAGAAACAAGAUUUGGACCGUUGAUGAUAAUCCUCCACACUUACACCUCAAUGAUUCCAAAGGAAAGUCUUCUAUUGACUUGAUACUCAAGCCAUCUGAAGAAGAUCUGAAGUACUGGCCUCACAGUGAAGUAAGGAUAGAAGGGUUGGAGACACUUGACUAUCUGGACAACCUCAGCCAGAGAGAACGUUUUACCGAACAAGGAGAUGCCAUUACAUUUGAAUCUGAGGUUGAUCGAGUUUAUCUCAGUUCGCCAAAUGUAAUUGCUGUCCUUGACCAUGAAAAGAAGCGGACUUUUGUCAUAAGAAAGGAGGGGCUUCCAGAUGUUGUGGUAUGGAAUCCAUGGGAGAAGAAAUCUAAAUCCAUGGUAGAUUUUGGCGAUGAAGAAUACAAACAAAUGCUUUGUGUUGAUGGUGCAGCAAUUGAGAGGCCCAUCACCUUGAAGUCAGGCGAGGAAUGGAAAGGACAGUUGGAGCUUUCUGUUGUCCCUUCAAGUUUCUGCAGUGAGCAGCUUGAUUCCCACUGGAGAGGCUUCUGAUGUUUGAAGCAGACUCAUAGUAGGAUUCACUUAUUGCAUUAACUGUUUGUUUUGACACCAAAGGUUACAUGUAGUUUGGAUCUAAAUGAAAACACGAUCAAUUGUACACCCAACCAUGGUCAUGAAAAAUCAUGUAAUGUCAAUGAAACGUGGAAAAAAAAAUUAUCAAUACCCAGUUUUUUGAA